AUGGCCUUCAUACUGAGAAUCUCCCAGAGUGUUGUGGCCAGACUCCAAAUGUCUGCUGAAUAUGAGAAUUCGCGUAUCGAUGCAGGCGACAAUCAUUGGGAUUCGCUGCAUAGUCUCUUCUAUGACAGCGAUUCCGACCCAUCGGAUACAUCGAUAUCCAUAGCUACGAAUAAACGAUCCCGCGACUAUGAAGAUGAUGAGGAGAGCAACACCAGUUUUGCCCCACAGGGUAGCCCCUCCAGUGACAGCGACAGCGACAGCGAAACCUGGCAGUGGCCACGGGGGGCCUUGCUGGAUGGUCAUGAAUAUCUUCUUAUUCUGCCAGGCAAACGCCGUCGGUCGAGAUCUCGUUCAUCAGUCAAACCCGAGAUCGAAGACGUAUCAGGUCGUUAG